AUGGGCAGGAGCCGCAGCAGGAGCGGAAGCCGCCGCAAGGACAGCCGCAGCCCGAGCCGGAGCCGCAGCGGCGGCCGCGACGAGAGGCCCAAGAAACCGGACGACUACGGCGUGGACAGCAUCAAGAUCACAGACGACGACGCGGCGUUCAUCCUGGGCAAGGGCGGCAAGACGAAGGAGAAGAUCGCGCGCGUGUCCGAGUGCGAGAUCGAGCUGUUCGAGAGGGACCUCAUCCUCGAGUUCCGCGGCUCCAAGCUCGAGAGGCGCAGGGCUAAGAAGUAUUCGGAGGGGGUCAUGGCCCAGCGCACCGGGCCCGUCCAGAUCAACGACGACUUCGACGACGGCGACAUGACCGUGCUGAUGGUGCCGCAGGAGGCCGUGGGCUUCGUCACGGGCCGCGCCGGGAACUUCCUGCGCAGCAUCGAGGAGGAGUGGUGCACGCUGAUGUUCUUCUGCGAUGGUGGCGGCCGCGGCAAGGACUACGAGAAGCUGGCCAUAUUCGGGGGGGUCCGCUCCAGGCGCGGGGCCGAGCUCAAGGUCAUGAGCGCCGUGGAGACCAAGGUGCCGGGGUACUUCUCGAAGAUCCGAGACGAGGUGGUGGACCGCGACAGGAACAAGGACAAGUCUGGCACCUGGGGCACGGACACCAUGACCUUCCAGGACGACGAGCUGUCGUACGCCCUCGGCAAGCAGGGCGGCACGCGCAAGAAACUGGAGCGCUCCUCCGCCGCCAUCGUGCAGUACGUCGGGCACACGGCGCUGUUCUCGGGCACCAAGCCAGAGCGCCGGCGCGCGAAGGAGUACAUGAAGUGGCUCUUCGAGCAGCUCGAGGGGCCAGUCUACGUGGACGGGUGGGAAAAGCGCGACGACAUCACCGUGGUGGACAUCCCCUCAGACUGCAUCGGCUACAUCACGGGCAGCCGCCGCGCGACCAUGGGGUCUAUGGAGGAGGAGUGGGGCGUCCUCAUGUUCUUCAUGAACAAGCCUGGGGAGGGCAAGAGCAAGGGAAAGGGCGGCAGCGAGAUGCUCGCCAUCUUCGGGGAUAAGCGCGCCCGCCGCGGGGCCGAGCUCAAGGUGAUGAGCGGCGUUGAGACGAAGAACCCCGGCACCUUCACCAAGGGCAUCAGGGAGAAGAAGUCGAGCGAGAAGGGCUUCGACACGGACCGCAUCGUCUUCCGCGACGACGAGCUCAGCUACGCACUCGGCAAGGAGGGCGCCACCCGGAAGAAGUUGGAGGGAGCCGCUGGGGCCGUGCUGCAGUACGUCGGACAUGUCGCAUUCAUCGCUGGCGACCUGCCGCAGAGGAGGCGCGCCAGGGAGUUCAUCGAGUGGCUGCUGCAGCAGCGGAAAGGCUCCGUCACCAUCGCCGACGUCUCGGAGCGCGAGGACACCACGGAGGUCCACGUCCCCGAGAACUGCAAGGGAUGGGUGACUGGCAACCGCGGCUCGGAGCUGCGCCGCAUGGAGAUGGAGACGGGCACCUUCAUGUUCAUGGCGCUGGACGCCAGGGGAACGGAGCGGCUCCUCAUCUUCUGCCACGACGCCGGCACCAAGGUGAGCCCCAGGGGCCGCAUGGCCGCCGAGCGGCUGGUCAACGAGAUGAUCCAGGAGAAGCUGCGCGACGACGACGGCGGCGGGCGCGGCCGCUCGGACAGCCGCGGUCGCUCCCCCUCGCGCAGGCGCUCGCCGUCGCGCCGCCGCUCCCCCUCGCGCCGCGGCAGGGGGCGAUCCGACUCGCGAUCGCGCUCGCGCCGCCGGUAA